GGCCGACCAACUCCGAUCCGAAUUCGAACAGGAUAUCCAGACUAUAAUAGUGUUGUGUCACGAAAUGAAAAUUGUGAUGGAGUUCCAAGCAUACAAUAUUUUUGUGAGCGAACAAGCGACCGCCGAAUCCCAAAAAGAUAUUCGUGACACCGAGGAAGAAAUUACCGCAUUUUGCGAUAGAAUUAUUGAUGCCUCCACCACUACUAUGAGUCAGAAUUCGAAAUCUAUGGACGUGAUCAAAACGUAUGCACUAGGAAUUAAAAACGAAGAAAUGUAAAGCUCUUCGCUACAUCCGGGAGGUAUUCGUCUAAGAGCUUCGCAUUUCGUAACAAAAGCUGAAUAUAAGCAUCUGAAUUUACAAAUUUCAAUUGGGUGACGGGAAAACCCUGAUAAUCUGUAAACGAUCAACUAAAUAAAGAAUCUGAUUUUCUAGUUCU